ACAGAUGGCCAUCACUUCCGGAUUUGCAGUACGCACGUGAGACAGUUGGAAACACGUUUGUUUUGCAACUGUUAUAUUUAUCCAGAUGAAGUAAACAUUAACUGACUGGAAAUCAAGUCGUUGGAAGUAACGUUAGAUAUCUCACAGAUAGGAGAAGAUGGAGGGGAAGGAGCCAAAGAAGGAACAGAAGCGGCACCAGCAGAAGCACAGCGGGCCCAAGGCGGAGAGGAAGAAGAGCAGGAAGCAGCUGGGAACUCCAGCCGGAGAUGACGAGCGCAAGAGGAACCCCAAAGCGUUUGCGGUCCAGUCAGCAGUGCGCAUGGCCAAAACCUUCCACAGAGCCCAGGACCUAAAGGUCAAGAAACAUCACAUACCCCUGGUGGACCGCACCCCUUUAGAGCCUCCCCCGAUAGUGGUGGUGGUGGUAGGACCCCCCAAGGUGGGAAAGAGCACCCUCAUCCGCUGCCUGAUCAAAAACUUCACCCGGCAGAAACUAGCGGACAUCUGCGGGCCUGUGACUAUCGUCUCUGGAAAGAAGAGGCGUCUUACCUUCAUCGAGUGUAGCAAUGACAUCAAUACAAUGAUUGACUUGGCAAAGGUUGCUGACCUGGUGCUGAUGCUCAUUGACGCCAGCUUCGGGUUUGAAAUGGAGACCUUUGAGUUCCUCAACAUCUGCCAGGUGCACGGCUUCCCGCGCAUCAUGGGCGUGCUCACCCACCUGGACUCGUUCCGCAACAACAAGGCCCUUCGCAAGACCAAGAAGCGGCUCAAGCAUCGCUUCUGGACUGAGGUCUACCAGGGUGCCAAACUCUUCUACCUGUCCGGUAUGGUGUACGGAGAGUACCAGACCCAGGAGGUCAAGAACCUGGGCCGCUUCAUCUCCGUCAUGAAGUUCCGCCCGCUGGUGUGGCAGCAAUCUCAUCCCUACGUUGUGGCCGACCGCAUGGAGGAUUUGACGGACCCCGAGAUGGUGAGGGUGGACCCCAAGUGUGAUCGUACUGUAUCUCUCUAUGGCUACCUGAGGGGGACAUACUUGAAGAGUAAAGGCCAGGUCCAUAUCCCUGGUGUGGGGGACUUUGCGGUGGCAGACAUCAGCUUCCUGCCAGACCCCUGCGCUCUGCCUGAAGCGCAGAAGAAGAGGGCGCUGAACGAGAAGGAGCGGCUGCUCUACGCUCCCAUGGCAGGGGUCGGGGGUGUCGUGUACGAUAAGGACGCAGUGUACAUCGACCUGCCCGGCGGCCACGUCAAUCAAGAACAGGAGGAGGUCCGUCCCACCACAGAGUUGGUCCAAUCCCUCAUCAGUACACACACCACCCUGGAUGCCAAGAUGGCCGCCAGCAAAGUGUCACUGUUCACAGGGGCGGCUGCCCUGACCCCCGGGGAAGUGGAGGAGGAGGAGAAUGGGCUGACGUCAGGACCCCAGGAGAGCCGAGUCUGGGACCCUGAGACACAGAGAGAGAGGAGGAAGGCUGUCUUCACUGAAGAGGAAGAUGAUGAUGACGAUGAUGACAGUGAGGGUAGCAGUGAAGAAGAGGGGGAUGAGGAAGAAGAGUCUGAAGAAGAGGAUGAGGAAGAUGAGGGGGGAAACAAAAGGGAAAAAGAAGAAACGGUUUUGAAGAACGAGGCAAAGGUCAAAACUGAACCAAAAGAGAAGCAAGGAAUAAAGACCAUCCCUCCAGUGAAGAGACAGAAGAUGGAGGAAAGGAAAGUGGAGAAAGAGCCAGUGGUGGAGGUACCUGCCUUUGCAGACAGUGAGGAUGAGCUGGAAAUGAGUGAGGAGGAGGAGGAAGGGGGGAAGGGAGAGCAGGAGAGUGAAGGAGAGGAAAGCGAUUCGGAGGGGGAAGUAGACGGUGCAGUGGAAAAGGGUAAUCUCAAACCGAUAGACUCGGGUCAUUGCUCGGAGGAGGAGGAUGCGAGUGAUACAAUAGAAGAUGACUGCGAAACCAAUGUCUCGGGCAAAGAAAGCAAGAAGUCGAAUGCCAUCUCCAAAAUGGAAGAGGAAGAUGAGGAGAUGGAGGGAGGAGAGCUGUGCUAUGAAAGUGCAGGGUCACUGCGGUGGAAGGAGGGCCUGCAACAGAAAGCGUCGGAGGCCUUUCUACGGCAACAGCGCGCCGCCCCCAACCUGCGUAAACUGGUGUAUGGCACAGUGGGAGAGGAUGAUGGUGAUGGGGAGGAGGAUGAGGAGGAGCUGGGAGGGCUGUUUCGAGUCAGCCGCCCCGAGAAGGGCAAGAAGCAUCGCGCGGACGGAGUGGACUGCGCCCGUUUUGAUCCCGAUGACGCUCGCAAUUGGGACCUGGAAGAGAUGCUGGACUCGAUACGGGACUGUUUUGUGACAGGGAAAUGGGAAGACGAUCAAGAUGCUGCUACAUUGCUGAAAGAGGAUGAGGAGCUGUAUGGGGACUUUGAGGACUUGGAGACGGGGGAAGUGCACAAGGGGAAAGCUGCCAAGCAGAAGGACCAAGCCAAGGAAGAAAGUGAGGAGGAAGAGGAGGAGGAGAAGCUGAUGAAGGUGGACGACGAGACCCAGAAGAACAAGCGCCUGGAGAAGAAACGGCGGCUGAAGGAGCGUUUCGACACCGAGUACGACGACGGAGACGCCACCUACUUUGACGACCUCAAGGAGGAGAUGCAAAAACAGGCAGAGCUGAACCGGGCUGAGUUUGAGGACGUGGAUGACGAGACACGGGUCCAGUACGAGGGCUUCCGGCCUGGCAUGUAUGUCCGUCUGGAGAUCCCCUACCUGCCCUGCGAGUUUGUCACGAACUUUGACCCCCACUAUCCCAUCAUCCUCGGGGCUCUAGGUGCCAGCGAGGGGAACGUAGGCUACCUGCAGAUGCGGUUAAAGAAACAUCGAUGGCACAGCCGGAUCCUGAAAACGCGCGACCCCCUCAUCCUGUCCCUGGGCUGGCGUCGCUUCCAGACCAUCCCUUUGUACCACAUCGAGGACCACAACGGGCGCCACCGCCUGCUCAAGUACACACCGCAGCACAUGCACUGUGGUGCCACCAUCUGGGGUCCCAUCACACCUCAGGGUACUGGCUUCCUGGCUGUGCAGUCAGUCGCAGGAACUAAGACCAGUUUCCGCAUCGCAGCUACAGGAGUCGUCCUUGACCUGGACAAAUCGGUGACCAUAGUCAAAAAGCUCAAGCUGAUUGGCUACCCAUACAAGAUCUACAAGAACACAUCAUUCAUCAAGGGGAUGUUCAACAGCGUGCUGGAGGUGGCGAAAUUUGAAGGGGCCUCCAUCCGAACAGUCAGUGGGGUCAGAGGUCAAAUUAAGAAGGCCCUGUCAACGCCGGCGGGAGCCUACAGAGCCACGUUCGAAGACCGGCUGCUGAUGAGUGACAUUGUGUUCCUGCGCUCCUGGUACCCGGUGUCAGUCCCUCAGCUCUACAACCCCGUGACCUCCCUGCUGAUGCCAGCGGGCCAGAAGGACAGUUGGUCGGGCAUGAGGACGGUGGGCCAGUUGAAACACGACCUGGGGAUCCGCAACAAGCCCAACACAGACUCGCUGUACAAGCCGGUGGUGCGAGCGCAGCGCCACUUCAACAAGCUGCACAUCCCCAGGGAGCUGCAGAAGGCAUUGCCCUUCAAGAGCAAGCCCAAACAGGACCAGCCCAAGGGCAAGACGCCCAAGGACCUCCAGAGGCCCGCUGUCAUACGGGAGCCCCACGAGAGGAAGGUAGCGGCGCUGCUCAACGCACUGAGCACAGUGCACAACUACAAGAGCAAGAAAGCGCACACGGCGCAGCACGCUAAGCACAAGGACUUCCUGCGGCAGCGGGACAAGGCGGAGGAGGACAAGCUCAAGAGGCAGAAGGAGGCAAAGAAGAAGCUUUACCGUAUGAUGGGCCAGAAGGAGAAGAAGAGUCAGAGGUCCAGUCUGAAAGGGGCCCCGCUUGAUGACUGAUUUGUAAAUCAAUGUGACUCUCUUAAAGACCAGUGUAAUAACUUUUCGGCCUACCAAUGUAAUGGAAUUAAUCCUCUGUUUAAGCAUAAUCUGUUGGGCUGCAGUGGAGUAGGGUGAAAUCGCCUGAUGCUGAUCUUGGGUCAGUUUAGCAGUUUCCCCGUUAAAGGGAUACUUUGGGAUUUUGGCAAUGAAGCCCUUUGUAUUCUUCCCUAGAGUCAGAAACUCAUUCAUGGAUACGAUUUUUAUGUCUCUGCAUCCAGUAUGAAGGAAAGAUUGGGGGAGGGGAAGCUUAUCCUAGAUCUGUACCUAGGGGGAUCUUCACCCAGAGGGUCUGCAGUACUGGGGUAGGAGACAGUGCAAAUGCAAGGAAUGGAUGAACAUCCUUCAGCUUCUGUAGCCUGGUUGUGUAAUGUGGUUUAUCAACGCCAGUUAUUGACACCUCAUUUUGAGUGGUUCCAUAGUGGAACUAGAAAGAACUGUAUAUUAGUUCAAUCUUGGCCACUUUUCCAGCUUCAAUCUUGCGUGGUGUUUAAAUAUAAAAUAAAUUACAAAAAUGGUAUGCGUGUGCCUUAACUCUAAAAGAGCAUAAAAGUAAAGUGUAAUUCUAUAAUAUAUUUUGAUCGAGUAGAAGUUUCAUAAUGGCUAGGUUGUUAGGAAUGCACUGAUAAGUGGAAGCACAUGGCAUUUCAGCCACUUUGAAGUUGUGCCUGUUGUCAGAGAGAACUCAUCAUGGAUAUAACCUGUUUUAGCAUGGACAUUGGACUUCCACCAUUUUAAAUAAGGUCUGUGUUCCGUGUAGGCUUAACUUGGCAGGACAUUUUGAUAACCAUGUAAAUGUUGGUAAAUAAGGUGACAUCAAUAUAUUCGGCUCUAUUUACACUCAGAUUCUAAAAUGCUAAUUAGACAUCAUGCAAGACUACAAAUCCCUACAAGAUCCUGCACGUCAUCUCUGACACCUUUGCUAACAUGUAUUGUGUCAAUUUAAAACUUGCACAAGGCAGCUCACAGAAUUGUCAAUUUUAAAGACAUUUAUUCAUUACUAAAUUUAGCUAACAUUAGAUAGUUAAUCCAGAGAUUCUUACCUUUGCCUCUAUUCGGCAGUCUCGUUCAGAUCAUCGUGGCAUUUGUAGUUCUUUAUGAUGGCACAUUAGCAUUUCAUUUUGGGGGGGUUAAAUACAGGCAAAUAUAUUGAUAAAAGCCACCUUGUCCUAGACUAGAGAGAUUUUACAUGGUUAUCAAAAUAUCACGCCAGGGUACGCCGACACGAAACACGGCCCUUAUGAUUUUCUAAAACCCCCAUGGAGAAAAAUGAAUGGUGGAAAAGCGAUUGGAACCAUUUCCUUGUUUGACCACUAGGUUUUAUGCAGGGAUGCAAACUCGUGAGGGCCCAAAAAGGUGACACUUUUUUUCUUUGCAGUGAGCAUGCAAAAAAAAAUCCUGCUAGGGGGAAAUGCAGGUUUAAACAACAAAGAAUAUGAUCUACAUGAUCAGUCUGUGUAAAAUAAAAAGUGGUUAAUGUGAACCUAACUCACAGCUAAAAAAUGUCAAAGCAAUCCAAUGUUAUUUGUUGCCUAGACUUUACAGCAAAUGACACAGGUCUUGAGAAGAAGAAAAAAACACAAAUUUUGCAGUUAGCCAUGGCAGCCUUUAUAAUAGAACGCUUGUGACCACACACACACAAAUAUUGCUCUUGGGGAAAAAACUUCUUAAAGUAGAAAUAGAACGAAACUAACAGCCAUUCUAUUUUUGCUCUAUUAUAGUGGUCACUAUAGUAGACAUUGAUCAAGUACACAAGCCUACAUGUGUGCAAAAAUAUCCUGAGUAAAAAAAAAUCUAAUCCCACUCAGAAACACACGUGUUACUGUCAAGUUCAACAAAAGCAAUAUCUUUGGGCUACACUGCACAUUAUACACUUUCUGCCUGUAGACAUCUGUUCUACAAUGUGCCAACAAAAGGUCUCUUUCAGACAGAGAGUACAUUUGUAUCCACUGUAGUGAGAAAGAGGGAAAGUAUGUGGUGUAAUUUUCAACUCUUUCUAUAGUGGCUUACACGAGUCACGUAUGUCACCUAUUUUGGAUUCAAAAUGGCGAAUUGGGCCGAAUGGUGACUAGUUUGCUUCCCUGUUUAUGGGUAUGAUGACUCAACCUGUGGUACUUUUGGUACUGUCAGAUACAAAAAUGAGUCCUCUGUCUCUAUGGCCUGUUGUCACCCGUAUCUGCCCUCUCGUUGGCUACAAUGGUCCCACCUGAUCUCGCCUCCUUCCACACCUGCCAUCCAUCUUUGAGAACAUGUAUUUUCAUUGUUAGUGGUCAUUCGAAUAUAGAUUAACACAGUUUAAGGAGAUUUUAUACGCUGUGUUCUGAGAUAGUCGAUUAACAUGACCUUUUAUGAAUGCUUCAAUGUUCACAAAGUGACAUCAGCGGAUGAACAUGAUCUCAGAAUAAAACGUGUAAAAUCGAAGCCUGUGUUUACCAUAGACUUUUUCAGUAAAAAAAAAAAAGUUAAAUAAAGUGUAGCAUGUUAGGAAAGCAUUUUCACGAACCCUUUUGUAAACGCUGCGUGUAACACAUCCGGUGUCAGGAUAAAUAAAAAGCAAGGUCUGCUAACUUUCUUUAAUUACCGCAAACAAUGAAUGGCAAAUGCAAUUUUCGUAUAUACGGGUUCGCUGUAUCACCACGCAGGGUUAACAGGGAACUGCAGGAAGUACGUAAACAGCUGUUCUUAUACCGUGAUGACGUAGUUCCAACGCGUCUGUUGGCAUAUCACAGUAGAGGCUGGGCGUGGUUUAGACUUUGCCCCGCCUUUGCUGGCCCUCGGAUUUGUCCAAGCCCCUUGGCGCGUUCCUUUUGUCCACAUCUGGUUGCUGGGUAGAUUAGAUCCGUCUUGUGUCUGUCGAUUCUACACUGAAACAGAGAGAUGCACCCCUCCCCUCUCCAGAUUGUCCACAGCUUUUAUGGCCUGUGUUGGUCAGUCCUUACACCUACACACCCCCCCCCCCCCUGUAUUGUUUGUGUGUGUAACAAAACAUUAUUCAUCUUCAAAUAAUAUGCUAACAGGCUACAGUGCAUACACAUAAAUCCUAACACUUUGCCUAAACUUACUAGGUUAGAAGUUAAGGUUAGGAAAAGGGUUAACCUGCUACGAAAAGUCACUUUAGGUCGUAGCGGUGUGUUUUUAGGGAAUCUCGUGUGCAACAGCUGAUUACUAUGUCUCUAACUACAGUUAUUUUGCCUGGAUCUGACUCCUUCAUCUCAUCUGCAUUGUGCACUGAUAUGAUAACUCCAAAUAUCUGAAAGUACUAUUGUGGGUCGCUACCAGGGAGUUGCCUUCAACAAUCCAGCACCUAUUUUAAAUCCGUGCAGGUAAAGGAAAGAAGAAAAUUCCACUUCACGCUUGAUGCACUGUGGUACUACAUUUUGGUUGUCUGUUUUCAUUAACUUGUCCCCAUAGAGAAAGCAUAGUGAAUGUGUCAUUCUUUGUGGUAAAGAAUAUGGAUACAAUGGCAAAGAUGGUUAAGUUCUCAAAUGAUCUUACAAGCUAUGCAGAACAUCAACCAAAACACUGCAAGGUGGGCAAAAGGUGAAUUAUAGUGCUUUAUUAGUCUAUCUGCAGAUAUUAAACUGCUGCUUAGUCACGAAACGUGGCAAUUCCUUAAAUUGUGUAGGCAACGCCAUACACACAUCUAAAAAAAAAUAAACGGCCCUUGUUCUGUCACAAAUGUUUAACAAAAUUAGAUUUGAACUCUGCCGAUUCUCCACCGAGGUAAAGACAGUUUCAGGUUGGAUAUUCAACGGAUAUUCGCCUGUAGUCUUAUGUCCACCAACAGCAGUUAACAUAGUGACAAAUCAAAUUUCAAUAGCUAUUUAACCAUUACUCCUAAAACUUUCAAAGCUGGUUCUAGCUAACCUGAUGGCAUAGACACACAUUGCACACUUAUUUUUUGUCGAUUUACAUCUCGCACUUGAAAAUUAUUUAUUUACAUUUUUGAAUUUUAAUAGCUCCUUGGUCAUGUGACCUACUGAACUCAAAUGAGGUUCAGAAUGUCCACUCAGUGGGCCUACACAUUGCACACCCUUUAGUUUGUCCAUUUUCAUCUCACAUGUUUUUACAUACAUUUUUCUAAAUGUAAACUUUCAAUAGCUCCUUGGUCAUGUGACCUUCUGACUUCAUUUUGCAGAAUGUACCCUUCUAUAUUGCACACUCUUGUUUGUGUACUGUAAAAUCCUGUGGUGUAACGUACAUUUUUCAUAGUUCUCAAUUUCAAUAGCUCCUUGGUCAUGUCAAUUACACACCUAAGAAGCGUGCAGUGGAUAUACACCCAUAUUGCAUAUCCUCUAGUUAUGUCUCUUCUAUAUUGUUGUACAUUAAUAUUAGAUUGACAAUUAGGGGGUUCAGUCCAGUGUUGUGUUUACCCUUUUCUUUAAUAGUUAUAAUAAUUGGUAGUUCUAAGUACUUAUUUUCCCAGUUUUUUAUUUUUCCACAGUAUUUAACAGUGGUACAUAAUAGGAGAGAGACAGAUAAUAUCUAAUUUCGUUGUCAAUAUCAACCAUAAAGGGGAAAGUACGAGAGUCAUGCUAUUAAUUGUCCAAAGCAGGGAUGGAGAGUGAGGUAGGCUGCAGUGGGUUUGCUGGUCAUAUAUACUGAACAUGUAACCACAGUAAUGGUGGCCAGUAAAUCAAUGAAUAAAAAUGUAAUAUUGACAAACUAAACAGAAAUUGUAGACCUUUAAUCUUUUCCAACAUGUCAACAGACAUGUAACACUGAAAUGUUUCAUACUUAUUUGAAGUUAACUUUCUCUUUAUCCCUGGUUGAUGUGCAUUUCAAAGCCUCUUCAGUGUGGAUGGGGUAUAGCAUACAUUUUCAACAACAAAGACUGCACUUCCAGUUUGUGUUCUUUACUCUGUUGAACAAUUUUGUCUUCAUUCCUAGUUACAGCACAUGGAACCACCGUUGGCUUGCAAAACAUUAAAUCUAAAACAAAACAAAGUGUAACACGUUAUAAAUAAUAUCAAAUAUCAAUGCAGUAUGACGAAUAUCUAAUUAGCCAUCCAUUGUGUUAUAUCAUAAAUUGGUCUUGCAUGCUGUCGCUGUUGUCAAAAGAUUAUAAACAUGUUAAAUAAAGUUACUAACCCAGUCA